AUGGACGGGGGAAGUCAAUGCUGGCUCCAUGUGGAACACUCCACUUUCUUUUUCUUUCAUGCUACGUGGCCUAUCACUAUUAACUCUAUUCAUCUAAAAGUGACACCAAAACAACUUUCCGAGUCCGAAUCGAGAACAGCAGAUACCUCUGCAGGUCCACAGUACAUCCUAUGGGCGAAAUGCACAUCUGGGAUCUCCGCCGCAGACGGUGUUUUGUGUGAUCAACCUCCAUUUAUUCUGGCUUCCUUUAGUAUGGAUGAAGAGGGAGUUUCAACAGCAUCAUCACUGAAGUGGGAUAUAAGGGAAGAUUCUCUUGUUUAUCUUUGUCUUACAGGUCCCUCAGAAUCACCUGAGAAAUUACAGGAGUUAACUAAAGAUUCACAACCACUUAUUCCAAAAGACAACAGUGGUGAAUUAAAUCAAGAAGAAAUACCGAAUUUACAACCAUCUGCGUUGGAAUUACAUCAUAAUAUAACUAUUACUCUUAUUGGCGUUAAAACAGAGUUAAACUCUCACCACUCGGGAUGGAGGGCAUUACUUUGUUUUCGUUGGUUUGAACUGCAGGAACACAUUCGUGAGGCUACUCCCAUAGUAUCUCACCAUGAAAGAAAUUACAGAAGACGUUGCAACUCAGAAAAAACCACGAAACGUAGUAUGAUUACUGGUGAUGUUAGAGAAGCCAUUGCUGUUUCCUCAUGUGGAAAUUACGUGAUGUGGCGGGACAGAACUUUGGGGAUGCGAAAGGAAUUGAUGCCAUACCACAGAAUUUUUACCCCUUGUAAAGAGGAAAAACGAGUACGUGUUCGAAAGUUUCCUCAUCGUUUCGCAGAUAUUGUUGGUGAAGUGCCAUUUGGAACUCUUGUGGAAGCGAUAGGUCGUGAGAGAGAUCAAUACACAGGUGAAGAAUAUGUCUUGUUGAUUCUCUCAGGAUUACCAAACGCUGAAGUUGUGGCGGAAACAUAUGGGUUAACUUGUAUUGAAUCUGGUAAAUGGAUGUGGGGAUGGUCGAAGAUCCGCACAAGUAGUGGUUUACACUUAUUGGCAGAGGUGCGGGAUGAGGCGAGAACAAUAUUGCCUGGUCAAAGUCGUAUAGAACGAUUAAAGGAGCCUGUGUACUACACAUCUGUACGGGAGGAACGUAGUGUUCGCAUUCGCAGCGGCCCUUCACUGAGUGCUGAAGUUAUUGGUCAUCUUGAACCAAAUGAAGUGAAAGUGGCUAUUGCAAUACAUCAUACAACGCCUCCACCUAAUAAUUCUCCGGUUAAAACAGGAAAUUCAGCACCACUUUUACGUUAUUUUGUCGAGUGGGAGGAUGGAGGGUUUUCUCUCUUACGUAACAAUGAUCGAGUAUAUUUGGUACCAGUACAGCUUCGUGCACAACCGCGUCUUUUUCCUGUUUGCCCCAAACCAACACCGAAGUCACCUGAAAUUAUUGCAUUGAACAGGAAAAGAUUUCGUUCACCUUCAGGAAGAGAAGAGAAGAAACGAUCACAAGAAGAAAUUUCACCAGAAGAAUCACUGUGGAGCCCAUCAAAUGUCCCUGAGGCUGUUGCAGCAGGGGUGAAAGCGGGGAACGUACGAAUGGAGGACUUACCGCCUAUUAAUCUUGGCAGAAGUUCUACGCCCUCGUCAUCAUUCUCAUCAUCAUCAUCAAAUGCAUCUUACUGA